AUGCUUCCUCCUGGCGGCAUGUGCCGCUUAGCAGCGGCAAAAGACAAAGGCGUUUCAUCGAGAAUUAUAUUUCAGCUGCGUGUUGUUCUACGUGCCGUGGCUACUUUGGCGUUUUUGGUGGAUCUCGAUGGGACAUCCCGUGAGUGGACGAUUGGACUGAACUGCGCAAACGCAGCCGCCUCACCGCUCGCAGCAGCCGCCGCAGAGGCCUCCUCCAGCCCCUCUUCUCCUGUUGGUGUUGAAGGAGCUUCAACGGCAGAUGCGUUGCACCAGCAGCAGACGGCCUCCCUCGUUGCCCGUGAAGACGGGGGUGAUGGAGGACCUGCGUUUCGCGCUAUUUCAUACGGCACGUGCAGCAUGCCCCUCGCUGUUGGUGGCGAAAUCGUUCGCUGCGACAGUGAGGGGGGUGGCAGACCUCAUGUAGAGUUCCAUUCGUUUGAGGGUCCCCAGGGACCCCUGUUGAACCAAAGUUUCCCGAUGGACAUCCCUCCUGACUUCUUCUUGCGCCGCACGAUGGCCCGAGACCGUCGCGAGAUGAUGAAACAGAAGAACGCGUUGACGGAUUCAUCCUCUUCUCCUUCCUCGACUGAAGAGGAAGAAGGUGGCAAAACGAGUCUCUUGCAAACGCACGCGAAGGGAGGCUCCAUGGAUGACCCGCACUUCAUCCGCAUAUUCGGUCGGUGGACCUCUUACUCCCGCGGGAUGAACUUGUUGUUAAGCAGAGAUGCUGCUGUUCCUUCCCUUGAGCGUAAGCCAGCGGUCGAAGGCGCAAAUGCAGCGUCCCCGGGACACCCGGACUCCAUCUCAGUGCCACCACCUCGGCAGCCAACGUUGUUUACUGCACGCAUGAGCGCAGCUCGGCAGCCUAGACUGUCGCAUCCUGUUUUGUAUUGGCGGCAAACAAUCACCUCGUCUCCUAUGGAGCAAUCCUGCAUUGCCUUAAUCAAACUGCCAGUCAGAGAGAGGGGCCUGUCGGAUGCUACUGCAGACCCAGCAGCUGCAACCGCUGCUGAAGUUCCCGACUCCUGCGAGGACGCGCAGCAACAUGCUUUCGAGAGGAGGAACGCCGCUUCUGCGCCGGACCCCUUUUGGCUUUCUUGUGGCCCUGAGCUUCAGCUGAGCCGUCUAGCGAAGUACCUCACCUUCUCAAUAUCGCAGGAGAAGAUCAAUAAAGUGCUGGCGGCUCUUGACUACAGCGUAGAAAUCUGGGAAGAACCGCACGAAACAAAGCACAGCGCAGAUGAAUCAGGAGGGGGCUCUUCUUCACAUGUAACGAAAAAAGCACAAGAGGCAGCAGCAAACGAACAAGCCGAGGUGGCAGUUCCGGAGAAGCAGCAGGAAGCCUCAGCCUUUCGCGGCGUGGAAGCGCGUCGUCUUGCUGCAGUGCCCGAAACGUUCGAAGAAGCGCCACCGAAGUGGCGAGUUGGGGUCUGCCUUUUGAACAGGCUCAAGGGAAAAGAAGGGGCUCAGGACAAAAAGCCUACAGGCGACAGGGGGAGCCAUGAAGCCGCAACGGCCUCUUCAGCUCAGCUUCCGGGAGAAAAGCAAAGGGAGACUGUAGUUGACAAGGGAGAACUGGAGUUGCAGAGGGACGGGAGAAAAGAAGUAAAUGAAUCGAGGGAAGGAAGCGAGAAAGAAAAGCAAACAGGCAAUGAGUUUUCAGAAGCUACGCUUGUCGGGGAACUGAAGUUUCACCUCUCUCCUGCAGUUGCAUCGCAGGCAGACGACAACCCACAGGGCGAACCAGAAGCCAUUCAAAUUCGUCACUUUAUUGAUGCUGGGUGGAUCUAUACUCGGUAUAUCCAAGGCGUAAAUGUUUCUCGCUUCAACCGGCUGGCCAUUAAGGAAUCCCGAGGGGGGAUUACUCAGCCUUGCGUCGGAUUCUGGGACGAGCACAGUUUACUGAGUGUGGCGCCGGAUGCGUAUUCAUGGGAUGAAGCGACUGAAAAGGGCACGCUGAGAUUUGUGUUCGGCAGUGCGUUGAGGGAUGGAGUGGACAACAGCGAUGCUCUAUUUGAUGCGGUUCCUGGGCACCACCCGACUGCCCGCAUGCACGUUUGUUUUUAUCCGAAUGAAGAACAGCCGUUCGGGAUGUUCAUGGGGGAGGUGCGAUUUGUCAUCGACUCGGCGGAUGCGACGUUGCUCGUUUGUUUUAUCCUCUUCGUUUUUUUAGCUCUUCCACUGACCUGUGCGGUGGCUCUGUCGUUCCACGUGUACAAGCAUCGCAACCUGCGCGAACGGCUGCAGCGGCUUGUGCUUGUUCAACAGCGAGAUGCGGUGGAGCAACUGUUGAUGCGAGAGUUGGGGCUUUCCACAGAAGAUCAGGAUGAUGCAAAUGAUGAAGAUGAUGAAGAAGAAGGCCAUGUUUGA